CGGCACGUGAAGUUGUGAGGCGCGCCCGCGUUCCGGCCCCUUUCGGGUCCUUUGCCCCCGCCGCUACAGGGUGGGGCUCAAAUCUUGUAGCCCGGCCUCCUGAGGCCAAGGGCUGCCACCCGCCGAAACUGGUGCCCUCCUCCCGCGAAAAGCCACACGGGCUCCUCUGAGGAGGACCAGGCGGCGGCGGCGGAGCAGCCACCUGUGGAAGUUCCCGCGGCAGGUCCUGCCCCUCCAGCCCGCCAGCCACCCACCCACGCGGGCAUUGCUGAGCGGGGCGGGGACGAGGCGCAAAAGUAGCGGCGGCGCCUUUCGGAGGCGUUGCGUGGCUGCUGCUGGUGGUGCUACUUCUUCCUUCGCUAGACUUCCUUCGCUGCCGCAGCUGCUUCGAGCACCUCCGCCGCCGCCUCACGAGUCGGUCUUCGAAGUUUUGAAGGGGCGCUGUCGGAACAAGUGAGACUCGCGGAGCGCUUCCUUUUCCUUUUCUUUUCUUCUUCUUUUUGUAAGUCUUUCCCCCAAGCGGGAAAGGAGCACGCCAACGUCGCUGCGGACGGAGUGGAGAACCUCACGAGGGGUGGGUGGGUGAGAGGGAAUGGACCGGCGCUCGUGAACUUUCCCGCGAGCUCCUGAGGGAGAGGAGGACGGAGACGAGCCGUACCAAGCAGUGGGACAGGAUGGCUGCUCGAACCCAGUAGUGCCAAUAUAUGGAGAAUCUCUAGCCUGAAUAUGAAAGCCUCAAUUUCUCUCUGAUAUUCAUGCUGAUGUAGCAGUAUUUUCCUUACUCAGGAUGUCUUAUAAAAGUCAAGUGUGGUGCUGUCAAUGGAAAUGGAAACUGAAUUUGAUUAUCUUGUUUGCUGUCUUUCUUACAUGUAUACAGUACUCAGCUCUUGGAUGCUCUGAAUGUCGUAUGAUACUGUCCAACCCCACAGGAGUUUUUACUUCCCCCUGCUUUCCUAAUGACUAUCCAAAUAGUCAGGCAUGCAAAUGGACCAUCAGGGCGCCUUCUGGAUAUAUAAUCCAAAUAACAUUUACUGAUUUUGAAAUGGAAGAAGCUCCCAACUGCAUUUAUGAUUUCCUAAGACUAAACACUGGAGACAACCAAAAAACUCUUUGUGGUAUCACUGCCAGAGGUUUAUCAUUUAAUUCAUCUGGAAAUGAAAUGAUUGUAACUUUUACAAGUGACUUUAGUAUCCAAAAGAAAGGUUUCAAUGCCACUUAUAUGCGAGUUGCUGUGUCCUUGAGGAAUCAAAAAGUUGUCAUUCCCCAGUUCUUGGAUGUUGACUCAGUAUCUCUGGCAAAUUCUGUCCAAGUGCCAGACCUUAACCAGUUCACACUGUGCUUUGAAGCAACAGAAAACAGCAACAACAGCCAAGACUGGAAGGCUUUCUCCUAUUGUGAUUCUUCAUCUAAAGAAUUCUUCAGCUUUGGGAAGACAAAAGAAGGCCACUUCGUAUAUAUCUCAGGCACACAGUGUUUGUUAGAUGAUACCCUUGGCAUCAAUCCUGAUGGAGCCUUCUUCACAGAAACGUUUGAAGAGCUUUGCAUUGUAUGGGAUAGCUCCUCCGGCACCAUAGGUCUAAAUUUCAGGAACACAUAUAAAACAGCAUACUGUUUUGAUACUUUUGGAAAGGUCAUUGCUGGUAAUGGGAAGUUGGUUCUAGGUUCUGAUAGAAAAGAUAUAAACUCUCUCAACGGAGACAUUUACAACUUUCGGCUUUGGAAUUUCACAAUGAAUUCCCAAGCACUUUCCAACCUCAGCUGUGAUGUGAAAGGGACUAUUGUAGACUGGGAAAAUGACUUUUGGAGCAUCCCAACAACAUUGCUAAAAGCAGAAAACAACCUGACCUGUGGUUCCUAUCUUAUUCCAAUGCCCACAAUUGAACCAACUAGCUGUGCAAACCUGGGAAGCCUCUGCCAAGCUACUGUAAAUUCUACCACUACAUCACCCACUGUUACCACUAACAUGCCUGAUACUAACAGAACCGAUAAACAAACCAAUGGGGGAUUCUUCUACAGAAUUGCCAUUACCGUCUACAAUGACAAAGACACUUCAGAAUCAAAUGUCCAAUAUGCAGUUGCAGAAUGGCUGAAUCACACAUUUCAGAAUUGGAAUUACACUGUAUAUGUGGUCAAUAUAAGCAUACAGCCAAGUCCUUUAAAAGAGGGAAUGAGGAGAAAGAGAGAGAUAGAUCCUCAAAGUUUUGAUGUCCGGGCUCUUUUGGUUUACAAUUCUACAAACAAUGUAAGUUUAGAAGAACAGACAAUUGAGAAGAAACUCAUAAGCAGUAAUGCUACUAUGGGAAAUGGUUGGAGACUCCAGAAAGUGGAUGUUCAUCCAGUUGAAAAAUGUGAGAACCAAGAAAAUCCUUCAAAUUACUUUUGGCCAGAUACCAGACCAAUAGUGACUGAAAGCAUAUUCUGUCAUGGCAGUACCACUCAAACUGCAUCAAGGACAUGUUUUCUUAACCUGGAAAAUUACACAUCAUACUGGAGUGCUCCUGACCUCAGAAACUGUACAGAAAAUGCAGCUGAUAUUGCCAAUCAGCUUCUGAAUCUCACAGGAGAAGGGCAGCAGCUGACUUCAGACAAAGUCAAUGAUGUCAUCCAGAAACUCAAAAAAAUUGUGAAUGAUGAAGAAAUUAAUGAAUCUCUGGGUUCUACUGUGGUCACAAUAUUUUCCAAUAUUCUAACCAGUUCUGAUAGUGUCCUGGCAGCAUCAUCUUCUGAAGCUAUAAAGACCAUUGAUGCUUUAGCACUGAAAAUUCAGUUUUCAGGCCCCUCCAUGAGUAUCUCAUCAAGGAACCUAGCACUUGGUGUUUCAUCUUUGAAUUCAACUUUGUUCAAUGGCUCCUCCUUCAGUAUCGGUCCCCAAAACAAUGCUUCAGAUUUCCAGAUUGAUUUUGACAAAAACCAAGAAAGUUCUCUGGCCUCAGUAGUUUUGCCUCCAAGUUUAUUAAAGAAUUUAAGCCAAGAAGAUCUUGAAGCUAUAUCCAGGGCUCAGUUUACUUUUUUCAAUAAAAGUGGACUCUUUCAGGAUCCCACAGUUCACACCAAUUUAACCAGUUACGUUGUGGCAUGCAGCAUUGGAAAUACUACGAUCCGUGAUCUCCAAGAUGCUGUGAAGAUUACGAUUAAGCAUACAGUUAGGAAUGACAAAAUCCAGAAGUCUUUGAAACCUACCUGUGUCUUUUGGGAUAUGAAUAAAAACAAAGGCCAAGGAGGGUGGAAUACUGAUGGCUGCUUUACACAAAUACAGUCAAAUCAAGAUGAGACCAUUUGCUUAUGCUAUCAUCUUACACACUUUGGUGUCCUAAUGGACCUACCAAGAACAGCUUCACAAAUAGAUCCUGAGAACACCAGAGUACUAACUUUUAUCACAUACAUUGGUUGUGGGAUAUCUGCUAUAUUUUCAGCUGCAACUCUUCUGACAUACAUUGCAUUUGAAAAAUUGCGAAGAGAUUAUCCGUCUAAAAUCCUAAUGAAUUUGAGUACUGCCUUGCUUUGCCUAAAUUUGGCCUUCCUCCUCGAUGGCUGGAUUGCAUCAUUUGACAUAGAAGGCCUGUGUAUCACAAUUGCUGCAGUUCUGCAUUAUUUCCUUCUAGCAACUUUUACAUGGAUGGGUUUGGAAGCUGUUCACAUGUAUAUAGCUCUGGUAAAAGUGUUCAACACAUACAUUCGCCGAUACAUACUAAAAUUUUGCAUCAUUGGCUGGGGUUUACCAGCGGUGGUGAUCAUCAUUGUUCUCGCAAGCACAAACAGAAAUGCAAAUCAUAUUUACAAUAAAGUUCCAUAUGGUGAAAAUAUUAAGAGGCAAGGUGGUGAUGAAUUCUGCUGGAUUAUGGACAAUGUUGUAUUUUAUGUGACCUGUGUUGGAUACUUUGGAAUCAUGUUCUUCAUGAACAUAGCCAUGUUUGUGGUGGUGAUGAUGCAGAUAUGUGGGAGAAAUGGGAAAAGGAGCAAUCGGACUGUGCGGGAAGAGAUAUUGAGGAAUCUUCGUAGUGUUAUUAGCUUGACCUUCCUACUAGGCAUGACAUGGGGCUUUGCCUUCUUUGCUUGGGGACCGAUGUAUCUUCCUUUUGUGUAUCUCUUUUGUGUUUUCAACUCAUUGCAAGGUUUAUUUAUAUUUAUAUUCCACUGUGCCAUGAAAGAAAAUGUCCAGAAACAAUGGAGACGACACCUCUGUUGUGGUAGAUUCAGGCUGGCAGACAACUCAGACUGGAGUAAAACAGCAACUAAUAUCAUCAAGAAGAGCUCUGACAAUCUGGGGAAAUCCUUGUCUUCUAGUUCAAUUGGUUCUAAUUCAACCUAUCUGACUUCUAAAUCAAAAUCCACAUCCAAUACCUAUCUUAAAAGGAACAGCCAUUCUGACAAUGUUUUUCUUGACAAGCCUUCACCAAAAUACAUCCAGGUGGAUACGGAGCAGACGUCAAUCAUCCCAGUUCACCAGGUUAUUGACAAAGUGAAGGGGUACUGCAGUACUCACUCAGACAACUUCUAUAGAAACAUUAUCAUGUCAGAUUCCUUAAGCCACAGUACAAAAUUCUGAGUAUCUGCACGUCCACGACAAGAGAAUUCAGCAAGCAGCAUAGAGGAACCAGAAUGAUGGACUGAAUGAGGAAAUACUUUAAAUACCUUAGAGGUCUGUUUUCUCCAUUUGCAUCAUUUCUUUAGAUAUUUUCCUUUUCUAAAAGGAUCUCCCCUCUCAUGUACUGUAGUUCUGAUAAAUUUUCUUCUGUUUCUUCUUCAUGCUGAUAUUUCUCCAUGAGGCCAUUUUAAAAGUUUCUGCUGCAUCCUAGUGGCACAUUAGCUGCAUUUAAAAUAUUAAGAAGAUUAAAAUAUAUAAAGCCCCAAAUUUAAAGUUCAUAAUGACUGUAGAAAAACCUGAAAGCAUACUGCCACAAAUUUGGAUACAUAUUUCUUAAAAUAAUUGUUUCUCUGUUGUAUCUUUACUUACAAGGAACAUGGUUCUGAGAAGGGGGGUUAUAGGGAGGACAGAUACCAUGUGCAAACUGGAUUCUCACUCCCCACUGCAGCCUCUCAGCUCUUUCCUUGAGAGUUGUCAGACCCUUUAUAGAAAAUAUGGAGGGUGUAGGGGAAGUAAAGGAAGGAGAAAUCUUAUUGCAUGAGCAUAGAUCCUUGCGUGGGGUUAUAUGAAAACAAUGUUUUACAGUUUUUCUUUCCUCAGUCAAGGCAAGAAAGCUCUGCUAUCAGUGAAUUAAUAAACAUUUGUGCCUAAUUGCACAAAGCAAAGCUGUGUUGAGAUAAGUUGACCUUAAAAUUGCUUGCAAAGUCUGGGCCAUAUUUAUAACUUUGUGAAUUAGAAACUGUCUGCUUGGGGGAUGAGUGCAUCUUUGUCUUUAGAGGUGCUUGGUGAAGUCAUCUUGCAUUACAUGAAAGCAUGCAUUGUCCUGGAGUAAAGGAUUUCGUCCAGUUGAAUACAUCACUUUUCUUAAUUCCUGUGUAUUACCCACUGUCAGAUAACAGAAUUGUUUGUACCAGAUGCAAAGUAUUAUGUGUAAAUCUUCAUUAACUGACUAUUAUAAAUGAAGAAGGAACAUUUUAUACAUGCUUUGUCAUAUCUAGGAACUCCUUACAUACAUGGCAUCUCUAGUUUGAACACGAACAAGGGCUCCUCCAAUGGUUCCAACAUGAGCUUUUCUGUUAUAAAGAUGGUUGCCAAGCCAUGCACAUUUAUACACUUUGCUUAUGUACAUGUAGAAGUGUACAAAACUGACUGUGUGCUAACUGCAAAAUCCACUGCAGGCUCAGAUGCAUCAGUUAAAUGAAACAACUGAAGUAUUUACACUCUCAAGUUUUAUCUAUCACUCAUGCCACUAUCUUCCUGCACUAUCUUAACAUUUUGAUAUAGUGUUCUGAACCAGAGUGGAUUUAAUUUAAAUCACAGUUUAAAUUUUAAAAAUCAGAGUUUUUUAAACUGUUUAAAUAAAAAAGAUUUUAAAUUUAAAUUGUGAUUUGUAUCAUGAUUUGUAACAUGUGCAACCCUUACAGAGAAAACAUGCUGUACUGUUCAGCUUAUACGCAUGUAUGAAUUCCCCAUUUGGGUGAAGUCCUGGACUAAAAGAAAUUUUCCAAAUGUAAUGAAAACAGAAACAAAAUGUAAAACAGUGUUUCUCAGUGUUCAGUUCCUGUCUUUAAAAAAAUACUUUCCUUUUUACUUCCUUAUUUAUGUCCUGAGAGAUACGCAGUGUGGUCUUCCACACAGUUACUCUCAAAUAAGUCCCUUUGAGCAUAACAGAACAUAAGAUUGCAUAGGAUUAAACUUCAAAUUUUUGGAUCUCCUAUUAAUAAGCAGUCAGGCUUUCUUUCUAUUACGAGCUGGUUUUAUCCAUAUGUGCAUUUCUUGAAUAUAUGUUUAAACAUUCUUGCAAAUGAUCAUAACAUUUUUUUUUCUGAAUCAGCUCUGUUUAAGAUUUAGGGCUUGUUCAUUUGAAGAGCUCAAUUAAAUUGUCCAGUUACACUGAAGUUAUUUGUGUUCUGAAGUUUUUGGCCCCUGUUCAGAACUAAAUUGACCUGAACCAAGGACUUCAUCUCAGAUGAGCUGUUGGCCAGACUGAAUAGGAACUAAAUGAUUCCUGGUGAUAAUUAUGUUAGAGUCUAAUGGAGUUAAACACCUUCUCCAGGAAGAUGAAACAUUUACACACAAGCACCAAUAAAAUUUGUAUAUCAUUAUAUUCCUUUCUUCUCAAUUUUCAGCUUGAGUGAGAAGUUUUUAUAGGAAUAAAGGAAAAGAAGGGAGAAUAUUUUGUAAUAAUUAGAAAUGAAUAAAAUUAAGUAGUUAAGUAAAGAUUAAAAAGUAGAACUGAGUCAAUCCCAGCUAUUCUCUGACCAUUAGAUUCAUGUGCAGUUUGCCUUUUUAAGAAUAUUCUUUGCUUUUACUACCAUGUAGUAAUCUUAAAUUGUUUACUUCUGUCAUACAUUUUGUAGUGCUGUUUCCUCUGACACAUUUUUUUUCAUGUAAAUCUUUAGCUUUCUUGUUGGCAUAGCAUCACCUCCAUUGUAUAUAAUUAUUUAUUUUUGAGGUUUAAAAUAUGUCAACAUAGCAUUAGUUGCAUUUUGGCUUUGCCUGUGAUUAUAUGCAUCUGUUUGGCAAUAAGAAAAGCGGAAACCAUCUCAAAUAUGCAUGUUUGUUUUGUAUUUUCUAUGUGAAAAGUGUAAUGUGUAUGAUAUUGUUAACUAGUGUGGAGAAAAUGGUGAUGCACAUUUAAGUACUAGUCAUGAGGGACUAGUGAGGUGAAUUUAAAGUUUGACCAAAGUAGAAAUAUUCAGCUUGUUAGUAUUCCGAAUAAUUAAAUUUUUUACAAUGUUGA